CCUUCAGUCGCGUUGGUCUUGGAUCCUCAAAAUCCCUAGAGUUCGCUCCCAGCUGCCUUCGGACGAAGAGCCACAGCGGCAUGGACGCCUUCCAAGCUGGCCGGCCGAUCGGAGGGGAUCCGCAGCAGCCACAGAGCCUUUUCUGGCACCCUCCCUCCUCCUCUUCCUCUUCCCCGCCCAUUGGGGGCUAUCACCAUUACCAGGACCCGCACCUUGCCCGCCUGCCCUCGCCUCCCGCCUCCCUCCCUCCUCACCAGCCAGGCUAUCCCCUCCAUCACCACCACCCACCUCCUCCCCCUCAGCAGCAGCCGCAGCAGCAGUGGCUUCAUCCUGAUGGUCGUUACCAUCUUCAGCAGCCGCCUCCUUCUUCACCCCAUCCGCCCCUUCCGCCAUACCACGCGCAACAACCGCCCGUCCCACCUUAUCCAUCGACCAUGCCGCCAGCCCCCCACCAAUACCCUUCCCCUGCUCCUCCUACUCAUCCUCCGCAUCGUCCCCUUGCCAUGCCGCCGCCGCUGGCUCAUCAUCAUCCUCCGCCUCCUCCUACCGCAGCUUACCCUCCGCCUAAUCAGGGAUGGGGAAACCCAUCGUGGGCUCAGCAUCAAGGAUGGGAGUACCCAGUGGCAGAAAGGAAUCUUCCCUACAAUAAUGAAGAAGAUUGGGCUGCUAGGGCCAAAGCAUGGGCAGCUGCUAAAUCUGCAACAGAGAAUCAUCAUAGACAGGCACAGAUUAUGCCAACUGGAAGAAUAGAAGAGCAUGGUUAUGCUUAUCAUGAGCAGUAUCAACAAGCAGCUGGCCCUCCUACAGAUAAUCAACAGCAAUCACAUCCUCAAUCAAUUAAUCAACAAUUGCCAGUCCACUUGAUGGAUCAGCAGAAACAAGUUAGUCAUGUUCAUGGUUCUACAUCCUUUAGUUCUGGGUCAUCAUUUUAUGGUACAGAUGGCCGUCCAUAUUACAAUGCUGAAGAUGAAGCUAGUGGCACAGAUAAAGAUCAUAUGGCUUCUUCACAAAGAAAUUUUGGUCCAAGUUCAUCCACAUAUGAGCAGGAGGUACCUUAUUGUUAUUCUUCUACUCAAGGGGACAGAGAAUCUGUGAACCAAAGUGAGAGCUUGCAGCAGCCAUUUCCUUUACCUGCAUCAUCAGUUCAAGAAGGGUUCCUUCAUUCACAGCCCACAUUACCUGUUCGAAAUAUCUCAGUAGAACAAGCUCGUUUCACCCAUACUGGACAGUCAUCCAAAUUGAUACCUGAUGUCAGCGAUCAACCACUGGAUUUUCAGCUUAGAUCUGCUUCUGGCCUCGAACCGCACCCACAGAUCAGCUACGAACAUGCUGAUCUUGCAGGACCUGUGGGAGUGAUGGAUCAUGAUGCGGUUGAAACGUCUAUUCAUUCUUGGGCUCCAUCAGCUGCUCCAAGGGUUUUUUCUCAUAUUCCUUUAGCUCCAACUGGAACACAGUUUGAUCCUUCUUUUGCAUCACAAUCUUCCCUACCUGUGUCCCCUGCUCCGGUCUAUGGAAGAGUUCCUGGACCAAACUUCAGACCCAGCAUCCCACCUGUCAGCGCACCUUUUGGCUUGGGCUCUGGAACAUCUCUUCAUCAUGCAGCGGCAUUUUCUGGAGAUGCAAAAGCUGCAUUCAAUCUCUCCGAACGUCCCAAAAAGUCUGCUGUGCCUAACUGGCUUCGAGAAGAAAUAAUAAAAAAUAAAUCUGUUCUUGCAAAUGCUGGUCCAAACCACCAAAAUGGAAGCUCUUUCCAUUCUAGUCAAUCUGAAGAUGCUGAUAAAUCCUCUAAAGGUGUUGAUCAGGCUGACAGCAAGAGCAUGGAAUCAACCAAGUCAACUGAAGAUGAGGAAGAUGAUGAGGAUGAUGUCGAGGCAGCAAGAUCAGCCGCAUUCAACCAGGAAAUAAAGCGUGUCCUAACUGAAGUUCUCAUGAAGGUUACGGAUGAGCUCUUCGAUGAGAUUGCAACAAAUGUUCUUAAUGAAGAUUACCCAACUGUUGAAGUUAGUGAUCAUGCUGAUGUUGAAAAUCAUGGAGUCUCUUUUCCAGCAGCUUCAACACCUAAAAUGUCUGCUAAGGUUCUAGUUCCAGCUGAAAAAAGCAAUAGAAGUGUUGAUAGUACUGGGGAAAAUUCUAGCCCAAGCUCUCCUGGAGGAGACUUACUAGGUCUUGCUAAUUAUGCUUCGGAUGAUGAUGAUGAUGUUGAUGAUUGUGUUGGUGAUGACCGGGAAACUCAAAGCUCCAAUUUGCUGUCUUCUGGGAUGGUGACUGAUGCUUCUCAUCAGCAGGAAACCAGUGGCAGGGUUUCUACAAGUGUACUUGAAAGAGUGGAAAAGGGGAAUGCACUAGUCAACAAAGAGAAGCCUAGCGAAAAUGUGCACAGUAUUGAGAGUCAAAGAUAUAGAACAUACCCAAAUGGAUCUCCACCAAAUCUUAGAGCAAGGGAUAGUGAAGGAAAUUCUGUGAUGCAUCAUGCCUCUUCAUCUGACAAUAAUUUGCAUGGUUGUGAACAGGCAAGUGAUGGGAUGGCUCACAUUGGUGAUGCACAGAUGCCUGUUGAGAGUAGAAAGAUUUUUCAGUUUUCUCCAGGUGGCACUUUUUCUCUUCAGUCAAAUGAUAAGGCAGGAAAGGAUUCCACGGUUGAUGAUGCUAGAAAUAGGAAAUCAGCCAGGGGAGAGGGCCAUGUUAGAGAAUCCAAAAGUAUUUUAAGCAAUCAUGGACAUCCAGAAAAAAGGAGCAAUAGUGAGUAUCCAGUCAAAGAUCCAAAAGGUGGUGAAGAUAAGACAAUACUUGAAACUCCUGGGGCUAAGGAUUUUACCAGUCAUGAAGUUAGGGAAAAAAUGAAGAAGGAAAAACGGGAUAACAUUGAGGAGAAAGCCCAGGAUAGGGGUGCUGGAGGAAAAAUGAAGGAAUCUGAUUCUAGAAGCAGUUCUAAACAUUCUAGUUCUAGGGAUGACAGAAAGGAUGUGACAAAAGAUAAAAGGAAAAAUGACAAAGAAGAUUGUGGAAAGAAAAGGGAGCAGAUAAGGGAUGAGAAGGAAGACAGGUCGACACGAGGUAUGAAGGAUGAGGUCAGGUAUAAAGCUAGAAGGCCCCCUUCACCUAGCAGUAGAGUUAGAAAUAGCAAAGAAAAUUCUUUGCAUGGUUAUGGCAAUCUUUCAAGUGAUGACCGUUCUGAUAAUUCAAAAAAGAGGAAGCUGCAGUCGCACAGAGGUAGCUUGUCACCAUCACCUGCAAAGUCUUGGAGCAGACAAGUUUCGCGGUCUCCACAUAGCAAGCAUACUCACCGCAGGAAUUCUCCCUAUUCUUCUCUUGAUAGGAGGAGGAGGUCUAGAUCCACCACUCCAGUCAACAGGAGGAGAUAAGCACAAAGGCAUAAUAUGGGAGAAGUCGGAGAACAUUGAAAGUUCAGUGCUGUAUGUGAUGGCAUUGGUCUAACAUCUUUCAGGUGGGUGAUCGGUUUGUGGCUACUUGCUACACUUCUGUCACUGUUGCAUCUAGGAUAACUGUUCUGAAGGAUUGGGGAAUCUGAAGAAGAUCGCUAGUUGAAGCUAUGAAGGAUCAGGCAUCAAGUAUUAGUUGCUCAAUUUACAGAUUGCACAGGGAGUUCUGAUGAAACUUGGGGAUGGCAGCAGUUUUAGGUUUCAGGGGUGGGCGUUUGAGAGGACUCUGUAAUUGUGAUGUAUCAGGAGGAAUUCAAUAUUUGUGUUGGUCAAAGAUGACUUCAUAUGUCCUUUGUGUUUUGUAUGGUAAGAUGCUAGCUAGAACGGAAUAUAUUCUUAUAUGUAUUCUUCCCAACUACAUAAAGCUGAUGUUUGGAGUGUAAUGUAUUCUUAGGAGUCUC